AAAGGAGAGGGAUAAGCUGGAAAAGAGCGUCGGUCUCCCGCUGAGCACUCCAUUUCUGCCCCGUGGAACUUUCCAAACAGCGAGACCAUCUCUCGUCCUCUCUCCCUUUCUACUCUCGACUCUUUGCACUCUGCACCGACCGCCAUUGGCGCGUCUAUCUUCCUCUCCGCGAGAACGCUCGGUCCGAUGCCAAGCCACUGAUUUCCCCUUCCCAAUCCUCUCUUCCUCGCUAUGAAUCCGCUGAGGCCUUCGAUUGCGAGACAAUCGGAGAUCGCCCCGCGGUCGACCCUUCCCUUGCCGCUCGGGCGCUCGAGCUCGCGCUCCUAUGGCGAAGUGGUGCCUCUCUCCCGGCCCUCCCGCGCUCGAUUCCCGGCCGCGAGGGGCGCCACUUCGAGGGCCGGGGGUGCUUCGUCGGCGGCUUCUCCUCCGGCGAUCGCCUCUGACGUCGGUUCCAGCUCCAGAUUCUUCGGCGAUUCCCCUGACAAGGCUGAAGCGUGGGAGGAGAACAUAGAGAGGGUAAUUUAUGGAUGCCGGUUCAUGACGCUUCUCGCAGUUUCAGGCUCUUUGGUAGGAUCAUUUCUAUGCUUUAUAAAGGGAUGUACUUACGUGACCCAGUCUUUUACGGAUUACUUUGUGAAUCGCAGCAAAGUGAUCUUGUUGCUAGUUGAGGCCGUUGAUGUAUAUCUUUUAGGAACAGUGAUGCUUGUAUUUGGAAUGGGUCUCUACGAGCUCUUUGUCAGCAAUCUUGACAUUGCAAAGUCAGUGUCAGGGGAAAGAAACCAACAGACGUCAAAUCUUUUUGGUUUAUUCACUUUAAUGGAGCGACCAAAAUGGUUAGAGAUAAAAUCUGUCAACGAGCUGAAAACCAAGAUUGGCCAUGUCAUAGUGAUGCUUCUUUUGAUUGGCUUGUUUGACAAGAGCAAGAAGGCAGCUAUACAUACUCCGUUCGAUCUGCUUUGUUUCUCCGCAUCGGUCCUCCUAUCGUCCGGCUGCCUCUAUCUGCUGUCCAUGCUAAACGGUUCUAAAUGAGAGUGUUCUUGUUUAUAGUUCAGCGACAGCUAGCUAACGGAGUACUUCUAUGAGAAAGAGGAUGUAAUUUUGUGUAAUAGGGAAUGAUACUUGAUGUACAUGCUCGAUACUACCCUUUUAUUCAGGGCUAUUGAACCGCUGAUAUGUAAUGCUAUUUGCCAUGUUCUUGCCA